AUGAUUACACGUACAAUAUUUAAAAUACUGCCAUCUAAUCUUCCCACACACAAACACGCAUCCCCUUCUUCUCAAAGAGUUAGUCCUUGCCUCUUCGAAUAUUUGAAACACUCAUUUCUCAUAUGGCGGCGGCGGCACCACCACCUAUCCGGUGGCGGCUGGCGGUUUUCUUGGUUGUGUUCGCCUCUACCCACGUGGUGCAAAAUGGGCAAGCUCAAACUACAACCGGAAACGCCACCACUGAUCCAUCUGAAGCAAGAGCUCUAAACCGCAUGUUUGAGAGAUGGGGAAUUUCAGCGACAAAUAAUUGGAACAUUAGCGGCGAGCUAUGCAGCGGCGUUGCCACUAAUGCAACUGAUGUUGAAACCAAUAAUAUUAAUCCCUCCAUUAAGUGUGACUGCUCCUACGACAAUAACUCUACUUGCCAUAUUAUUCUUUUGCGAGUAUACGCGUUGAGCGUUGCUGGUCCGCUGCCUGAUGAACUCUGGAACUUCACUUAUCUCACUAAUCUGAACUUGGCCCAAAACUAUUUUACAGGUCCGAUUCCAGCUGCCAUCGGAAAUCUCACUCGCAUGCAGUACUUGACCUUCGGCAUAAAUGCAUUAUCAGGGACGAUUCCAAGGGAACUUGGACUGCUCACGGGCCUAAGAUCCUUGUCCUUUGGCACAAACAAUUUCUCUGGCCCUUUACCAUCUGAGCUCGGGAGCUUAACACGAUUAACACAAAUAUACAUUAAUAGUGCUGGAGUUAGUGGUCCAAUACCUCCAACAUUCGCAAAUCUACGCAAAAUGGAGAGAGUAUGGGCAUCGGACAAUGGACUCACGGGGCAGAUACCUGACUUCAUCGGAAACUGGAUUAAUCUUGUUGUACUGAGGUUUCAAGGGAAUUCAUUUGAAGGUCCAAUACCAGCAUCUUUUUCAAAUUUAAGCUUGUUGAAUGACUUGAGGAUAAGUGAUGUAUCUAAUAAUGGUAGCUCGUCGCUCAACUUCCUCAGAAACAUGACCUCUCUCUCGACCUUAGUGUUGAGGAACAACAAUAUUUCUGGUAGCAUACCUUCUUUUCUUGAGGGAUUUGGGAGUUUGACACUUCUGGAUUUGAGCUUCAACAAUUUGAAUGGCACAGUUCCAGAGUUCCUUUUCAAUCAGACUUCUCUCACUAACAUAUUUCUUGGUAGUAACAAGUUAAUUGGCGGACUACCGUCGCAGAAGAGUCCAUCACUCAGGAUCAUAGAUUUAUCAUACAACCAACUAUCGGGGAGUUUCCCGUCUUGGAUCGGUGAACAGAACUUACAACUUAAUGUGGUUUCCAACAACUUCACCCUUGAAGGUUCAAACACUAGUAUCAGUGGUUUACCUACUGGUUUGGAAUGUAUUCAGAGGAAUUUCCCUUGCGGUCGAGGGCAGCCUAUAUAUUCAAGAUUUGCAGUGAAUUGUGGUGGUGGGAGAAUUACAUCUAAUGAUGGGACGGAGUACGAAGCAGACAGUGAGCCUCUUGGUCCGGCAACACAUUAUGUGAGCUCUACGCGCGGAUGGGCGGUUAGCACCGCGGGUGUUCCUGUUGACGCCAUAUCGCCCGAAUACAUUAGCUGGGGAUCUCAGUUCACCAACACUUUGGACUCGGAGUUGUUCCAAAAUGUUCGUCUGUCAGCUGGGGAUCUGAGAUAUUACGGCUUAGGACUGGAAAAUGGUAACUACACUGUGAGGCUCCAGUUUGGAGAGACGAUCAACCCUGUUGCUAGGACUUGGCAGAGUGUUCAAAGGCGUGUUUUUGACAUAUACAUCCAGGGGAGUUUGGCGGAGAAGGACUUCGAUUUGCAGAGAGAGAGUGGAAGGCUUCCUCUAAGAGCUGUGACAAGGGACUUCACCGCAGUGGUAGCCCAAAACUAUAUGGAAAUCCAUCUGUUUUGGGCGGGAAAAGGGACCUGCUGUGUACCUGCUCAAUCUGUAUAUGGACCUUUAGUUUCCGCAAUUAGUGCAACACCAAAUUUCACUGCAAGCGUUUCGAAUGGCAAAAAGAACCGGACCGGUCUGAUUGUGGGCAUCGUUGUUCCAAUUUCAGUUGCAGCUUUGCUUUUCAUAUUUGCACUUUGUUAUGUAUCAAAAAGGAGAAAACGGCAAAAGAACCUUCAGGAUGAAGCGUUUCUGGGGAUCGAUGCCCAAACUUACACAUUCAGCUAUGCUGAACUUCGAGCUGCUACUGAUGACUUCAAUCCUUCUAAUAAGCUCGGAGAGGGAGGAUUUGGACCUGUGUACAAGGGAAAACUCGGGGAUGGAAGACUAGUUGCAGUGAAACAACUGUCUGUGGCAUCACAUCAAGGGAAGAGCCAGUUUGUGGCUGAGAUCGCUACUAUAUCAGCCGUGCAGCAUCGCAAUCUUGUGAAACUGUACGGCUGCUGCAUCGAGGGAGACAAGCGCCUCCUCGUCUACGAAUAUCUGGAGAACAAGAGCAUCGAUCAAGUGCUAUUUGGAAACGGAACAGUGCAUCUCGACUGGAAGACACGUUCCGACAUAUGCAUGGGGGUAGCGAGGGGUCUGGCUUACCUUCACGAGGAAUCUCGCCUUCGGAUUGUUCACAGAGACGUCAAGGCUAGCAACAUUCUGCUCGACUCCGAUCUCGUCCCUAAACUCUCAGAUUUCGGCUUGGCCAAAUUGUAUGACGACAAGAAGACUCAUAUCAGCACCAGAGUUGCAGGCACAAUUGGGUAUCUAGCACCGGAAUAUGCCAUGCGUGGGCAUCUCACUGAGAAGGCUGAUGUCUUCAGCUUCGGUGUCGUAGCUUUGGAGAUCGUCAGUGGAAGGCUCAAUUCCGACUCCACUUUGGAAGCUGAGAAGAUAUAUCUUCUUGAAUGGGCUUGGAAUCUCCAUGAAAACAACAAGGAAAUCGAGCUGGUGGACCCGACACUACAUGAAUACGACGUCGAUGAAGUGAGAAGAAUCAUCGACGUCGCCCUCCUAUGCACGCAGGCAUCCCCGGGGUUACGGCCGAUGAUGUCGCGCGUCGUGGCUAUGCUUUCCGGCGACAUUGAAGUGGCGUCCGUUACUACACGGCCAGGAUAUCUCACUGAUUGGGCGUUUAGUGAUGCAACUUUCAUCAGUACCAACACUGCUAGCUCAACGUCCGAUGCCAAUGUUCGUGUCGGUUCCACGACUCCGACGACGGCUGCAACGACGGAUAUUGCAGCUUACUCACCCCUUGCUGAUCCUAGUGAACCCAUGCUUCAUGAGAUCAUUGGUGAGGGCAGAUAAUUCAUUACUUCAUGUCCAUUUUUAUGUAUAUUUUCAAUGCUUACUGUUUAUUUUUGUGUGAUUGUUUUCAUUUGUGUGCAUAUGUGCCAGAGAUGAUGAACACUCAAAAUUGUUGCUAUUGUACAUACUUUUUUCUUAGUGAAGCAGAGGAGUUUUUCCCUUUUCCUUCCGUCA